AUGGAGUCUCUCUUCACAUACACCCUGGGACCCCUGGGAUAUUUCUGUAUCGCCACGGCUACUGUUUUCAUGCUUUUGAGUCAACACUGGUCAAACAUUUGGUUCCGAAUAAGUCGCGCUCCAAAGCCUAGUAUUCAUACGUCGUCUACUGUCAAUCCAAUAGCAGAACAUGUGGAGGUAUAUGAGCAGUGGCACAGCAAAGAUAGCGAUGAUGCCCACACAGACGAACUCAAACUGCUCAAGCGCCUAUACUACCAAUUGCACAACAUCGAGAAGUUCCCAGAUGCGCUUCCCCAAGCGAAGACAACUUUGCUCCGCUUAUUAAUGGAGACUGGUAUCACAUCCCAGGGGCUACCAGAGAAUGAAAACAGUUUAUCAGUUCAGUCAUUCUCGCGACAAGCUCUAGAGGAAUUCCAACGCAAACGGGAUAUCAACAUUGGCAAGAGGUGGCAAGAUUAUGUACUUCGAAGGAACGAAGGGGGAGCACGGGAGUUAUUUGAGGACCGAGAUGAGGCAAUCUGGUGGUUGAAGCAAAUUGCUCCUAUCAAGUAUGUUGACGGUGCUUGGUUGGGUCAUGUAGCCAAGGUGACCACGCCAUUUGCACUUCAGAAAACCAUGAAAGGGGCAUGGCAGAUCUUAUCCGAGGAGUUGGGGGACGGGGACUUGGCGAAAAACCAUGUAUUUCUGUACCACAAACUUCUGGAAAAAGUUGCACCAGGUUUUCCGACGGCCGACACGAUCGAAUUUGGUGACCCAGAGCAUGGGUUAAACGAAAUUUCUGUAUGGAAAUCUGCAAUAGCUCAACUGCUCGUCUCUCUGUUUCCCAGCGAAUUUCUGCCAGAGAUUUUGGGAUUCAAUCUUCAUUUUGAAGCCGUAUCCAUGGACACACUGAAGGCAGCAAAGGAAUUGAAAGAAGUUGGCAUAGAUCCGUACUACUUCAUUCUCCAUAUAUCGAUCGACAAUGCCGAUUCAGGUCAUACAGCGAUUGCCAUAGAUGUCGCUUGCGAGUACAUGAACUGUAUACUUGAAGUGGAAGGAGAAGAGGCUGCACAAAGGGCAUGGAAAAGAAUUCAAACGGGCUACAUGCUGUCAGUGGGUUUACCAGGAACAGUUGUCUGUCCUUCUAGAAUGCCUAUGGAUGAGUCUAGAGUUAUUCUGAACCCAAUCGAAAUGGAAGUUAUAAGGAUUUUCAAGGCUAAGGCACAGGUCGUACAUGGAAUUCAUUGCAGUAGCAAAAUCAAAAUCGGAUCCCGGACCAUCACCGAAUGGCUUGAGCCUACAGCACUCGAAUCCAAAAGGUGGCAGCUGGAGCUACUCAACUCCCUGAGCUGCGCGAAGUACUGGAUUCGCAGAGGAGACAGUAGCAAAAGCCGCUUUAUUCACGAAUUGCAAUGGAAUGGAAGAAUGUUUGGCUCCUUUACCCAAGACGAAUACGAUAUCUUGCGAAAAUGGAUUGACGGCCUUUCCGAGAUACCGCAAACCCCAAACAUCCCUUACCAAAUACGGGAUAGUAGCAACUUGAAUGAUGAGACUAUCCUCUCAGGGUACCCGGAAUUCAGGUUUUCACAUUCUCCCUCACCACGCCCAGCGAAAACAUUGUUCUCCUUUCGUGAUAUUCCACCUUUGAACAUCGGCGGUCGUCCGACAUUCGACAGGUUUCUUCCCCUUUGGCUUUCCCAUCCUUGCCUCCUGCAAGAGUUUGUCUCGACCCCCUGGAGAACCAAGAACAAUUUUGCCUGUACGAUCGUCAAGAUUCUGCGGGCCCAAUUAGGAUUUGAUAUUGAACAGGAAUGUGUGGCAGGAAUGAGUGAAGUCCGACGACCGAAUAGCCUCGGACUCGCUGGGGUUGGCAAAAACAUGAUGGCUCAGCAGGGUCUCUCUCUCAAUGCGCUUCCUUCGCUUAAGCACGUUCUUCAGAUUUGUCCCUCAGAAUUCGCGGUCUAUAUGCUGCGCGUUUCGAUGAAGCCGAUCGAGUGUAAGGGCAUGCUUAUUGGGAUGGCGACUGCAUUUGCCAAGAUGCAUGCCGCGAUAGUCAGCUCUCAACUAUGUCUAUUGUCUACUCAAGAUCAACUGGCCUUACAGAAUAUAAGCAUAAGAGAGUUGAAAGCUUUAGAGCUUUGUUGGGAAGAACUGCAGCAAUCCGAAAAUGUAUUUGCCGAUUGUUGUGAGGGAUAUCUCACCGCUAAGCAUGAGAUCGAGAUAUGUUUUCAACUUUGA